AUGACAAACAGUGAGGGAAGCCGUGCUUCACAGAGGAGAAUGGUUGAGGGUGAAUCAAGCAAUGCAAGGGAGAGAAGGCUAAAGAUGCAAGCCGAUUUGGAAGGGAUGAAUCAAAGGAUGAAGAGUCUGAGGCAGAGGAGAGAAGAGGUAAUCAAGGUUGAUGAGAGUGGCAAGAGUAACCAAGAUGAGCCCAUGGAGGAGGCUGAGCCACAAGAAGAGGAGGAUGAGCUCCCCAUGUACCAAGAGCACUACAAUGCUCUCUUCUCCAUGGACUUUGUGGAGACCAAGUACCCACAUGAUGACACAAUGAAGGCUCUUGGAAUCUUUGAGGAUGUGGAGCUUGGUGCUCAAGAACAUGCUUGGCCAAGUUCUUCUCUCACCGCAUGGAGUCUACAAGGAGCUCACUUGUGA